CGAUCAGGGGCACGAUGGUGAAGAGGGAGUCGGUUCCGAUGGUGAUGGCGGGCUUAGCGGCGGCUAUGUUGUUCAUGUUGGUUGUCCUGAGCGCGAACAUGCGGGUCAAGAGAACGUCGCUGGCUAUGAAGAUGAUUCCAUACAGGGGACAGCAGCUCUUCUCGAUUGAAGACUUUGACAGCGGGAGGGUAAGUUUCCCCGAGCAGGGCCGUCGAGGAGUAAAUCAGGUGAUCAAAUCGUUGGACACGAACUUGAACGCUCCCAAGGACCACAAGUGGGAGCAUCAGGUCCACAUCAACUCGGUUCCGAUGCAAGAGUGGCCGUUGACAACCGCCGGCAUGAAGUCAAAGACUAGGGUCUUGUCGCACCGACCGGCCAGAGGGUUUCACAAGAGGAUGGUGGCAUAGAGCCCUCGGAUGUGCGUGGAUGACUGUCUCUUCCCUAGCAGCUACUGUUGCUUCCUCGUGACUCUCUCGAUCGGGCUGUAGAUUUUUCUGUGGGUCGACUAUCUUUUCGCCCAUCUCGCCUGCUGAGUUUGUGCCGGCAACGGACAAUCUCUUUGGGUUCGCAUCCGAGGUUUGCUAGCAGCACUCCUCAUGCUCGCAAGAAAUGAAGACAACAAGACU